AUGGAAUAUUACGAUCAAAUGCAGCGUUGCGAUCAAAUGCAAUAUUACGAUCAAUUGCGAUAUUACGAUCAAAUACAGCGUUGCGAUCAAAUGCAGUACUAUGACUAUUGCGAUCAAAUACAGCGUUGCGAUCAAAUGCAGUAUUAUGACUAUUGCAAUCAAAUACAGCGUUGCGAUCAAAUGCAGUACUAUGACUAUUGCGAUCAAAUACAGCGUUGCGAUCAAAUGCAGUACUAUGACUAUUGCGAUCAAAUACAGCGUUGCGAUCAAAUGCAGUACUAUGACUAUUGCGAUCAAAUACAGCGUUGCGAUCAAAUGCAGUAUUAUGACUAUUACGAUCAAAUGCAGCGUUGUGAUCAAAUGCAAUAUUACGACCAAAUGCAGCGUUGCGACCAAAUGCAAUAUUACGAUCAAUUGCGAUAUUACGAUCAAAUGCAGCGUUGCGAUCAAAUGCAGUAUUAUGACUAUUACGAUCAAAUGCAGCGUUGUGAUCAAAUGCAAUAUUACGACCAAAUGCAGCGUUGCGACCAAAUGCACGAUCAAGUGCAGCGUUGCGACCAAAUGCACGAUCAAGUGCAGUGUUGCGACCAAAUGCACGAUCAAGUGCAGUGUUGCGACCGAAUGCAGUGUUGGGCCAAAUGCAAUAUUAAGAUCAAAUGCAGUGUCGCGAUCAAAUGCAAUAUUACGACCAAAUGCAGUGUAAAGACCAAAUGCAGUGUUGGGCCAAAUGCAAUAUUACGAUCAAAUACAGUGUUACGAUCAAAUGCAAUAUUACGUUCAAAUGCAGUGUUGCGACCAAACGCAGUGUUGCGAUCAAAUGCAGUGUUGCGAUUAAAUGCAGUGUUGCGACCAAAUGAAGUGUUGCGAUCAAAUGCAGUGUUGCGACCAAAUGUAGUGUUGCGAUCAAAGUUUACUUUCACUUUAACCAAUGAAAUCAACUAA